AAUAUAAAUUGCGUCUACUACUUCCAGAAGAGUGGAAAAGAUUAGGAGAAAAACAUGGUCCCGCCGUACCUUCCCCUUUGUUAGUAUGGCACUACUGCUUUUUCCUUAAUUCUAACUAUUACAUACACUGGCUCUGUUUGAUACUCCUCCAAAGAAUUCCAGCCUACAUAGUCGACUUUUUGGCCUACUGCGUAGGUAAAAAACCCAUGUUAGUUAAAGGGUACCAAAAGAUCGAAAAAUUCCUAAACGUCAUUUCGUAUUUCGCUACAAGGACAUGGUUAUUCCGAAACAAAAACACCAGAAACCUGUGGACUAAACUGAACGAAGAAGAUCAAAAGUUGUUCAUGUUCGAUAUGGGACGGUUCGAAUGGGACUCGUAUUUUUAUACGUAUAUAAGGGGGGGACGGGUGUAUCUCCUUAAAGACCCCCUUGACACGAUACCCCAGGGCCGAGUGAAAUAUUACAAACUUAAACUAGCCCAUUACACCCUAGUGACAGUGCUCGCGUUGAUCUUCCUGAAGUUAAUUUUGGUUUUGUGGAAUUUGAUUUUUUGAAACUUUAGUUUUUUACGUUUUUAUAUAUAUAUGUUAUAAUGUGCCUACCUUAUUUAUAAUUCUAAUAAACAAAAAUUAAUUUAC